AUGAACGGGAUCAACGGCCACCAUUCUAGUUCCUAUUCUUCGGCCUCCUCUAGCUUCGAGGAAAUCAAGGAGACCGUGGCCCCAGGAUCGAUUCCGAUCGCGAUCUGCGGGGUUGGUGUCAGACUAUCUGGGGGCAUCCGGAGUACUGACGACUACUGGGAUCUGUUGGUGAAUGGCCGCGAUGCUCGCGGGCCGGUCCCGAAAAGCCGCUAUAAUGUCCAGGGGUUCGACAAUUCUUUAGACGGCAAGGAACGCAUCGAGACUAGAUCCGGCUACUUCCUAGAAGAUGACCUGUCACGUUUUGACCCUUCCCUUUUUUCUAUGACCCAAGUGGAGUUGGAGAGGUGUGACCCUCAGCAGAGACUGUUACUUGAGGUUACUCGCGAAUGUCUCGAAGACGCGGGAGAAGUCAGCUAUCGCGGUAAGCCAAUAGGUUGUUAUGUUGGCACUUUUGGGCAAGAAUGGCUGCAUAUGCAGGAUAAGGAUAGUCAGCAAAUUGGCAACCAUCUGGUCACUGGCUCUGGUGAUUGGAUGCUUGCCAAUCGCGUUUCUUAUGAGUAUAAUCUUUGCGGGCCAAGUAUGGUAAUACGGACAGCCUGCUCCGCGUCGUUGAUUGCUCUACACGAAGCUUGUAGAGCUAUUCAGUUCGGAGAUGCCUCCUCUGCUGUCGUCGCCGGCACCAAUUUGAUUCUCAGCCCCUCUCUUAGUAUUCAUAUGACAUCGGAAGGUGUCUUAUCUCCAGAUGGGUCAUGCAAGAGUUUUGAUGCCUCGGCAAAUGGCUAUGCCAGAGCUGAAGGUAUCACCGCUAUAUACGUUAAGCGAUUGACAGACGCUAUCACGGACGGCAACCCCAUCAGAGCGGUGAUCCGGGGUACCGCAGCUAAUAGUGAUGGUCGAAGUCAAGGAAUGCUUGUCCCACGAGGGGAAGCUCUCGAGUCGCUCAUGAGAAAGGUAUAUUCUGAAACAGGAUUAAACCCGUCUGAGACUGCGUUUGUUGAGUGUCACGGUACCGGAACAUUUGUCGGCGACCCGAUCGAAACUUCUGCAGUUGGCGAGGUUUUCGGGAGCGAUGGUGUUUAUAUAGGUUCCGUUAAGCCUAAUAUAGGACAUUGCGAGGGCUCAGCCGGUCUUGCGAGUAUUAUCAAAGCCGUGUUAGCUUUAGAGAAUAGAACGAUACCCCCUAAUAUUAAAUUCAACAAUCCUAAUCCUAAGAUACCAUUUAGAGGAAAGGGACUUACCGUACCAAUUAAACCGAUACCCUUUCCUACUAACAAAGCCGAAAGAAUCAGCGUGAAUUCUUUCGGUAUUGGCGGUUCCAAUGCACAUAUUAUUAUCGAUUCAUAUCCUGCUCCGAAAGGGGCUAGGAAUACCAUAGGGAAAGCGAAGAGGCCGGAACUCCUCCUAUUUUCAGCAAAUACCCAAAAUUCAUUGAAACGUCAAAUGGAAGUGUAUACUUCCCGCCAUUCCCCAAUUCUUUACGAUACCGCAUAUACAUUAGCCCUUCAUCGAGAGCGUCUCGCGCAUAGAGCUUUCAUGAUCAAGGCGGGCGAAAAGUUGUUAGACACUUCCAGCAUAGUGAAAGCGCCAGGCAAGUCAUCGCACCGGAGGGUGACGAUGAUUUUCACCGGCCAGGGAAGCCAGUGGGCGGAGAUGGGAAAAGAUUUAUUUGUCGCUAAUGUAGACUUCCGCGAGGAUAUCCACUUUAUGGAUGACAUCUUAAGACGUCUUCCAAGGCCUCCGAGGUGGACAAUUGAAGCCGAGAUACUCAAGCCUGGCGAAAUCAGCGACAUGAACAAAGCCGAGUUAGCGCAGCCCCUUUGUACCGCACUUCAAAUUGCCAUCUUCCGACAGUUCCAGCGUCUCCGAGUCAUACCUACAGCAGUCGUCGGGCAUUCCAGUGGUGAGAUUGCAGCAGCCUACGCUGCCGGUUAUAUUUCUCUCGAAUUCGCUAUCCAAGCAGCGUAUUACCGUGGUCUUGUAUCCUCGACUAGCAGUACAAAGGAUGGCGCGAUGGCAGCAAUUGGGCUCGGCGCUAGGGAGGUGGCAGAAAUGUUACCCCAUGGUGUCGUCGUCGCAUGCGAAAAUAGCCCCCAAAGCACGACAAUAUCUGGAGAUCGGGAACUGGUUGAGCAAGCAGUGGCAAGGAUAAAAACAGUGAAGCCGGAUAUUUUUGCGCGUCUGUUGAAAGUUGACAUGGCAUACCACUCUCCCCACAUGGACCUACCAUCAAGGGAAUAUCUUCACCUCCUGCGACAAGAGAAAAACUACUCCGGCGUAGGCACCACAUUUCUACCCUUGCGUCGAUCGAUAUUCAUGUCAAGCGUCACUACCAAGGUGAUCGAGAACCCGGCAGACCUAGGUCCGGAUUAUUGGGCCGCGAAUCUCGUGUCUACAGUUCGCUUCAAUAGCGCAGUCAAAAACCUACUCGCACUUCGCGGGGACUCGGACGUGCUGCUAGAAAUUGGACCCCAUGGUGCACUUGCUGGACCUCUACGCCAGAUAUGCGCUGCUGGUUCCUGGCAAUGCAGUUAUGUAGCGUCGCAAACCCGUAGUAGCAACGGUGCCGCGGCACUACUAGCUGCUCUUGGCCGGCUUUUCCAGGAGAAUGUCGCUGUUGACUUCGGCCCUCUGUUCACUGGCGCUCGCGUCCUCUCUGGCCUUCCCGGUUACGCGUGGGACCGUGCCGGUCAGUCUUUCUGGAACGAGAGUCGAUUAUCUUCGGCAUGGCGCCAUCGCAGAUAUCCCCACCACUGUAUUCUCGGUGUUAAGACGACCGAGUCGACAGAUGCUGAGCCCCUUUGGAGAAAUGUCCUGCAUCUCGACGACGCACCUUGGCUCAUCGACCACAAAGUUUCCAAAGAUGUCGUAUUCCCUUUCGCUGGCUACGUCGCCAUAGCCGGAGAAGCAAUCCGCCAAGUAGCUGGUGCCGACAUAGGAUCAGGUUACCACCUCCGCCAUGUGGUCGCUCGCACGGCCCUUGUUCUCAACGAGUCAAAACCAACAGAGAUCAUCACCACAUUGCGUCGCAAACGCCUCACCGACUCGGAUGAAUCUCAAUGGUAUGAAUUUAACAUCACAUCAUACAGUGGUUCUGCCUGGAUCAAACACUGCAUGGGAGAAGUGAAGCACAUCGAAGGACCAGGCAAUUCCGCAUCCUGGAGUCCCCAAGAUCUCCCUCGCAGGCUACCAAGCCCAUCAUUCUAUGAGACCAUGGAGCGUAAUGGAUUUUUCUACGGCCCCGAGUUCCAAGCUCUUUCCAACAUCACCAGCUCCACCACGGAGCAAAUUGCCGAAGCACUAUUAAUCGAUCAGCAUAAGCACACCUCCGGGCUCUUCUCCCUACACCCCGUCGCAAUUGAUGCCAGUCUGCAACUUCUCAUGAUCGCCACCACGCGGGGUCUCUGCCGCAACUUCAACGGCCUAUACGUUCCUACAUCAAUCGACGAGCUAAUCAUCGGAAAAGGUGCAUCCAUAAUGAACGCUCGCGCCGAGGUCAAGAACAACGACUUACGCCAAGGCGAAGUCGAAUUAAUUGCCGACGGCCGUCUAGCGCUGCGGAUCCAAGGCCUGCAACUUGCACCCCUAGAAAAUGACAAUGACCUAGAUGCACAAGCUCAACAAGGUAUUGAUAAGCACGCCGCCGCACAUAUCCACUGGCUACCAGAUUUCGAUUUCGCGGACCAUCGGGGCUUAUUCGCGGCGCCGAAGCCAGACCGUGCGCUUCUAAAGCUGCAGCAAGAGCUCUCAUUCCUAUGCAUGCUCCAGGAAUUACAAGCCGUAGAAAACGUAGAGGUGUGCCAGCCACAUUUCGCCAAGCUGCGCGAUUGGAUGAGAGGGGAAAUUGAGGCCGCAGCCACCGGCGUUAAGGGUGCAUUCCCGUUGGUCGAUGACCCAGUUCGAUUAGUAGGGUUGAGCGCCACUGAGCAAGAUCAGACGAUCAAUGCCCAUCUUGCUAUACUAGAGAAGAACCCGCAUCAUCGCCCGCUUUCGUUGGGUGUUAAGCGUGUGCGCGAUCAUGCGAAGGAGCUUUUCACUGGCGAGCGCGAGACGCUGGAUGUACUACUGCAAGGUAACUUGUUAACUGAGAUUUACAAUCGGGCCAGUUUCGGAUAUGGCGACUUCGUACGCUUGCUAUCACAUUCGCGUCCGAACUUGCGUAUCCUCGAGGUCGGCGCUGGUACGGGAGGUACCACGGAAUUGAUCUUGCGAGAUCUCGUCGACGAGGGCGGUAUUCCGGCUUAUUCCGUUUACACAUUUACCGAUGUGUCAUCUGGCUUUUUGGUCAAAGCGCGCGAGCGUUUCUCAUACGCACCAAAUAUGGAGUAUAAGGUACUCGAUAUUAGUAGAUCGCCAGCUGAACAAGGCUUCGAUGGCGAAAAUGGGUCGUACGAUUUGAUCCUAGCAGCUAAUGUCGUUCACGCGACGCCUUUCCUUGGGGAGACACUUAAGAACAUAAAAUCGCUGCUAAAGUCCGACGGGAUGUUGGUACUUACAGAACUCCUUCCUUCGUUACGCACAGCAAAUUAUUCAUUCGGACAUUUCUCCGGGUGGUGGCUAGGCGAAGCCGAUAACAGACCGUUUAACCCCCUUGUUACGGUUGACCGUUGGGAUGCCGAACUCAAGGGCGCUGGUUUCACUGGUGCGGACUCGUUCGUAUACGAUGACGAAGAGCCCUACAGCCAGAUUAUGACAAUUGUAUCACGGCCGGAUGUUAGCCGUCUCGCUCCCCCCAAACAAGUCGCUUUACUAUGCGAAAACGAAAAUUCAGGUGUAGCCCACGCCAUCAAGACCCAUCUCCAAAGCUCGGGAUGGGAUGUUGCACCAUGUCGUUUAACCUCAAAACCCCUAGCCGACAGGGACAUAAUCUCAUGUCUAAACCUCGAGAGCGAUUGGUUCGUCGACUUAAGUAAAGCUGCAUUUAAAAGCCUAAUAGCAUUCGCCUGCGCACUCGGACAAUCCCAAAAAGUACUCUGGCUAACCCAUCCCGUACAACUACAAUGCUCGGACCCACGCCCCGCAACCUUCAUCGGAGCAGCGCGCAGUUUACGAGCCGAGCAAGCGCCCGGACUUUGCACGCUCGAAAUCUCCGCCAAUGAACCGCGGCUCGCGGACAUUGUAUCCGGAGUAUUCGGCAAGAUCCGCACACAAGAAGACGCUGGUGUGCUUGGACCUGAUCGCGAGUUCGUAGUUGAGGACGGACAAGUGUGCGUCCCGCGGUACCACCCCUUCUCCCUAACCGACAGAUUGAAGGAGAAGAAACAAGACGGAGCGGUAGCUGAAAAUAUGAGGACCGCUUUGAACAUCGGUAAGACCGGGUCUAUGGAGACGUUACACUGGAUCGACGAGCCCCUCCCACAAGAAUUGCCCGACGAUUAUGUUGAAAUUGAAACCCGCGCUGUCGGCCUAAAUUUCCGUGAUAUUGUGCUAGCGCGUGGUAUCAUUGAUUCCUCAACUCCAGGCCGCAUUCCACUCGGCUACGAGCUGUCGGGUGUAAUCCGUCGGGUCGGUUCCGCCGUCAAGGAUCUAGCUCCCGGCGACCGCAUUGUAGGCGCAUGCAACGGGUGUCUAGCAACCCGUAAUGUAGCACCCGCUGAAACCGUCGUCAAGAUCCCCGAUGCUCUAUCCUUCGAGGCUGCAGCCACGGUCCCAGUGUGCUUCGGUACCGUAAUCCAUAGUUUGAUUGAUAUCGGGCACUUAGAAGAAGGCCAAAGCGUAUUGAUCCACUCUGCAUGUGGUGGCGUAGGCCUUGCAGCACUGCAAGCUGCCAAGAUGCUCGGAGCUGAGAUAUUUGCUACGGUCGGUAACGAGAAGAAGAUCCAAUAUUUGGUUGACAAUUUCGGCAUUCCAAGGUCCCGAAUAUUUAACUCUCGAGAUGCAUCGUUUGCAGAGGGAGUUAUGCGAGAAACGGGAGGCCGUGGUGUUGAUCUAGUUCUCAAUUCCUUGUCCGGUGAGCUGCUGCAUGAAUCGUGGAGGUGCGUGGCCACAUUCGGCAUUAUGGUCGAACUUGGUCUGCGAGAUUCGAAGGGUUCCGGUCGCUUGAAUAUGUUGCCAUUUGCUGAUAAUCGGGCUUACCAUGGUGUGAACCUAUCUGCCUUCAACGAGCGACCAAAGAGGAUACAGAGGUUGUUGAGCACAUUCAUAAAUUUCUUCAAUGACGGUUCACUCAAGCCACUCGAACCUGUCGCAAGCUUCGACGCGAAACAAAUAUCGAGAGCAUUCCGUCAUUUAGAAGACGGCGAUCAUAUCGGCAAAGUCGUAGUAACCUUCCCUCCCCCCGGUACCACCGCGCCUAUUAAAUCAGUACCUCAACGGCGUCGCCUCCAAUUCGACCCUACGGUUACAUACCUCCUCGUAGGUGGUGUCGGAGGUCUAGGUCGAUCAAUCGCAACAUGGAUGGUAGAGCGAGGCGCACGAAACCUAACAUUCCUCUCACGCAGCGCAGGCGUAAGCAAAGUCAGCAAGAUCCUAUUCCAGGAACUAGAAUCCAUGGGAUGUUCCGUAACAGCAGUCUCCGGACGCGUCGACAAGAUGGACGACGUGCAACAAGCAAUCCAUCGCUCGAAGUCCCCCAUUAAGGGCGUGGUACAAUUAGCAAUGGUCCUAAGGGAUAAGCUCAUGAUGGACAUGGAAUAUUCCCAAUGGACCGAUGCUCUCGCACCUAAAGUUGAGGGGACAUGGAACCUCCACCGGGCAUUCGAAUCAAGCAACCUCGACUUCUUCCUCUUGGCAAGUUCAUUAGUAUCCGUCGCCGAGACCCUAGGUCAAGGCAACUACAUCGCAGCGAAUACAUUCAUCGAAUCCUUCUGCCGCUACCGCCACUCCCUCGGUCUCCCAGCAUCAGUCCUCAACAUCGCACCAAUCAGCGACGUCGGAUUCGUAGCCGAAAACGCGCAUGCCAUGAGCAGUAUGAAAUCCCAAGGGAUGUACCUAGUCAGCGAACGGGAAUUCCUCGAUUUCUUCGAAGUCGGCCUCUUAGACGGUUAUCCCGCAGAAAAAUACUACGAAAGCAACAAAUCCACCUCUAGCACCGGGUUACCGGUCCUCCGCCGCAACACAGCGCAAAUAUUGAUGGGUCUGCGCUCAGAGCAAGACCUCAGCGAUCCGAAGAGCCGCACGCCCUGGCGUCGCGAUCGCCGCAUGGGAAUUUAUCACAACGUACGCGUACAAGGACCAUCAAAGACCGCUGAAAGCGACGCUUUACAGGAAUUCUUAUCUCAAAUAAACACUACCGUCUCCGAGGGUGGUAUUGACGGCGCCAAGGCCCUUCUUAACAAGAAGGAAAGCAUCGAAUUCCUAGGACGCGAGAUCGGACGCAAGAUCUAUGAUUUCUUGCUACGGCCCGAUGAGGAGGUCGACUUGGGUGUCACGCUAGCGCAGAUGGGACUUGAUUCGCUGAUGGCGAUUGAACUACGACGAUGGUUUAAGGGCGCGUUUGGCGUCGCUAUGAGCGUACUUGAGAUCGUGGGAAGUGGAACACUGGCUCAACUUGCAGAGCUAGUAGCUGGGAAGUUAGUAGAUAAGUUAGAGGGGGAAGUAAAGAAGAAGACUGGGUAG